AUGUCGUACAUUAAAUGCUUUGUCCUGACGAUAUUGACCUCGUUACUACUUAUCGGAACUAUUGGGACAUGGUACAGCCGAUUCUCAAGCAACUCGCUGCCACUUAGUGUGUCACGUGUAGUAGAUGGUACAUCAAAGACACCGGCACCAACCACACCAUCAACGUGCCAACCAGCAGGGAUUAUUGUCUUCAUAAAAACUCAUAAAACAGGAAUUACUUCACUCCAUUGCAUCUUUUGCCGCUACGGAUAUGCAAAUAAACUCUCAUUCGUGUUUUCCACUCGUAACACAAUAAACGGACAUAUACGAAAAGUGCAUCUCAGUCAGUCGAUAAUACUGCCACCGAUUGGUGGCGUUGUUAAUUCAUCUUCAAAAUACAAUAUCCUUACUGGUCAUGUGUCGUACCAGAGAAAAACAAUAAACUCAUUCAUGGAAGACAACCCUAUUUAUGUGACCAUUUUAAGAGAGCCAGCCACGCACGUAGAGUCACAUAUGAAUUUUUUCAGUCAUAGAAAAGAAGUAAUGGCGUCUAUGCAAGCAUUCCUUGAAAAACCACAGAGCUCAAAAAAAUCGGCGGGCAGAAAUAAUCAGUUAAGGGAAUUUGGUUUGUCAUUUGAAUCCACACUCAAUGAAACUAUUGUGAAUGAAACCAUUAUGAGACUGGACAAAGAAUUCGACCUAGUUCUUAUACUUGAAUACUUCGACGAGUCUCUGAUUCUGUUGAAAAAUUUGCUGUGUUGGAGUUUUGAAGACAUA